AUGACCUGGCUCUCCUCUCACACAACCACAAUCAGGUGCAGAACAAGACAACUUGCCUGGCAUGAAUUUGGACUAAAGAUCAACCUGAAGAAAACAGAAGUGAUGAAGAUAAACACCACUGCAUGCCCAGUUUAUCAGUUACAGUUGGUGAUAAGUCCAUCAAAAGAAGUCGAGUCCUUUAUCUACAUUGGGAGUGUGGUGGACAGACUGGGUGGCACAGACUCGAUUAUCAAAUCAAGAAUCGGCAAGGCAAUAACUGCAUUUUCCAUGCUUAAAACAUAUCACUGUCACCAUUUUUGUCUGUCAAGUGGAAAAUUUAACUGCCAUACACACGGACAUGACAAGAAUCAUGGAUGUGAAUGUCUACCAAAGGAUUACUGCGACAACAGAUACAGUUGUAAUCCUACAGAUGUAGUGUGCUCACACAACGAAGCCAUCAGAUGUAACGGAAACAACAAAUGUGAGUGUUACUGUUCACAGGACUCUCAGUGUAAUAAUUGCCCGGCAGGAACCCUGGGCUUCUGUGUCAACGAGAAAUGUGUCUGCGAGACCAACAACUAUUGUCCCGGUGGUAACAAAUUUUACUGUCUUAAGAACUUUCAAUGCGCACACAGCGAAACGAAAAGAUGCAAUCAAAAUGAAAGAUGCGAAUGCUUUUGCGAUAUAGACAAUGAUUGCAAAAACUGUCCAGAAAAAGGAUUUUGUGUUGAUGGGAGUUGUGUUUGCGAAUCGCAAGACUACUGCCCUAAAGGAAACCAUACGUACUGCCUUUCUCUGAGUUGCGAUCGAGGAUAUACGAGCAAGUGCAAUUCAACUAACCACUGCUACUGUGCCUAUGUACCAGAUACUUGUAGCAAUCACCACGUCUCAAAAUGCUAUCAUUUAACUUGUUCACCCGGUGAAAAGAAAUAUUGCGAAGGACGAACCUGUACGUGUAAACCACUGGACUAUUGUAAACAGAAUGAUGGCGACUGCCAACACAAGACAUGCGAUGCUUCGAAAGCGGAAGUUAAUGUGUGCCUCAAUAAUGGAACAUGUGGUUGCCUGGCAGUUCCCGAUUACUGUGGUGGCGACGAUACUAGUACAUGUCAGCAUAUCAUAUGCAACCAGUAUCAAGUGAAGAAGUGCGAGAAUGGGAUGUGCAAAUGUCAGGUCAAUCCGUCUUGCAAUGCGACAGGAGGUCUGAACGAUACCUGUACCCCUGAGAACACUUACUUCGAGGUAAAAGGAUCAGACGGUCAAUCCUAUUAUGCCAACUGCACCGAUAGUUUCCGUUACCCGCUCUGUGUUGAAGAUAGGUGCCAGUGUGUCUAUUGGAAGCUUCCACCGCUAAAUUUAACAUCUGAGGGCAGCACAAUUCCCACGAACUCUAUGACAGAUGUGGCUGGUUCUACCGUUUCUUCCACGUUAACAAGCCAAACCUCAGAAGCGAUGACAAAUAACAGCACUUCAAUUCCUACAGAUCAAACAACAGAUUCGAUACUAAACACAAAUCAAACAACAGAUUCGAUACCAAACACAACUGAAGCACCCUCUACAACAUCAGUUGCCACAUGUGCCUCCAGGAUGGACUGUGACCAACAGAACACCCAUCUUACGUUUCCGACCUUCACCAUGCCAUGUCCUGUAGAUCACAUUGACUGUGUUAACAACGAAUGCUUCUGUAGCAUCGACAAGAUAACUACAACAACUCCUAAACCUACCACCACCUCCACCACCGCUGCUCCAUCAAUUUCCUGUCACCAGUGUGGGGAUCCAGACGCGAAUCUACCGUGUGACUUGCGAACCGUUUACAUGGGUCAGCCAUCCCAAUGCAGUACUGGCAGUUAUUGUAUGACCGAUGUCGUCCAAGGCUCUGAUGAUAGUGUCGCCAUCUACAAAAGGUGUGUGGACGAGUUGACGUGUCGUAACGAGUGGAUGGCCCAGUCGUCUGAUCAGGACCGCUGUCUGCGGUACGGAGAGGGCGCUGUACCGGGGCAAUACACGUGUCAUUACUGCUGUACUGUUGAUGGAUGCAACUCAAAAAUAGUUCCAGAGGCCAAAACUUUUUAUAGUACCUCUUCUUCCAUCAACAACAGAAAGUAAUCGCAAAAAUAUAACUCUCUUUCCAAUAAAAUGUGUUGUUUAA